CGCUUGGCUCAGCAGAACGCCGCCAGAAUGGCAACAAAGCCAUGGCGCCGUGAGGACAUUAUGGAUGACCGGCCAUGUUGAGCAGGACUGCCACACUUGUGGCUGUGGAAAAGGCUGAGAGCAUCGCAUCCACGCGGAGGCCAUCUUUGUCACCGAAUGUGCGAGCUCCGCGCAUUUCCUCCAAUAGCGUGGAGCCAAUCUGUGACCAGGAUAAAAAAUGGAAAGGAGCAUCGCAAGAGACAUGGAUGGUGCCUUCCAUUUACCAGGUGCCGCGGAAGGUUGUGGUGAAGUGCUUGGAGGAGAUGGACUCAGCUGAACAACCUGACAAGCCUGGGAUGCUAUUAAAGGCGACAAUUCAGAACACAGUGAAGCGCUUCAACCGGAUGUUCAACAGACACGUGAACCGCGAAGAGCAGGUGGAGGCAGUGAUGCACCAUCUGGAGCGGCACACGCGGCGGCGUCGAGGGGAGUCGGCGUUGAAAUCCGGCUUGUUGGAGUGGGAGCAAACUUCAAGAAUAUAUGAGCUCUUCGCUGUGCACCUGAACAUGUGUGAGCGCAUUAUCUUCACCAUCGAUUUCGCAGUGAGAACGACCAUUUUGUCCCGAGUCUGUUCCACCGUGCUCAUUUCUUGCAUUUUUCUGUCCAUAAUUGUUUGGAUGGUCUCCACUCUGCCCGAUAUGCGAUACAUUGAGAGCGGUUGUGUUUCAGUGGAGGUGGGGCAAUGCCAACCAAGGCCGUACCAUGUGUUUCAGGUCAUUGAAGCGACCUGCGUGUACCUCUUCACUGUUGAGUACCUGGUCCGCUUGGCUAUGGUUCAUCAAGUACGAUUUGAGUUAUUGGACGAAUACUUUGUCGCAGGUGUGCUUAAGGGCGACAUGGUUGCUCCGUCAGGUUCUUUGUGGAACUGCUUCAGCUCCUCUGUGAAGCCCAAAGACGCGUUGGAUGGUUCGUUCACCACCACGAUUAAGCACAUCUUUGGAUUGACAAACCUCAUUGAUUUGUCCGCAAUUUUGCCCUUUUGGAUUGAGACUUUCAAUCCACAGGACAAUACGCAGGGUGGUGCUCUUGUUGCUUUGAGACUGUUGAGGAUCACAAGGAUCUUUCGCGUCUUCAAGUUAGGGAGGUAUAGUGAGGCCUUCAUGCUCUUUACCCGUGUGAUGGAACAGCUGAACGCCCAAGGAAGAUAGCAUUGUUGGUGAAAUGAUUCACGUGACAAAGAUAGCAUUUCGUUGCCGUUGUUUUUGCUUUUUACCAUCCAGAUUUCCAGAAAGACAGAUCCAUUCUUUUCCUACAUGGCCUGACCGCAAUGGCAAACACUUAAAGCAUCCAACAUAGCAAUUGUUUGCAGAGAACUCCUGUUGGAGAACUCCGACUCCAACGACCUGAAGAUCUCAUAUUCAGAUUUCAGAUGCGAUCAAACAGGAUCCAAGAUAUGCGUCGACAAAUCCCACCAAGCCCGUAAUGAAGCUCAGCAUAGGUCAGUGCCUGCGCUGAUGUUGAUGACUUUUUUCAUCAUGCUGGGCUGUGGCUUGUUUGGAACGAUGAUUU